AUGAAGGUUAAUGAACAAGACACAGAGGAUGAGGAAAGGAAGGCAGUCUUUGAUAUGUUUAUCAGGGAUUCCUUGGACUUGGGCUCGUGUUUGGACCUCCUGAGAUGGAAGCUCAUUGACAAGGGUGCCGCUUUCCAGAUGACUACGACUCACACAACAGCCAAUGCAUGUGCGCAUGGUACAUUCCAUUUCUUGAGAAACAUGGAGGAUUUGGGAAAGUUAAGGAAAGAGUUGGAUGAGGCUUGGAAGGACGCUGAAGCAGAUAUGAAAUACGAACAAUUGGAGGAACUGCUAUACCUCCUAAGUCUCUUCCAUUACUCGAAGGUGCUGUCAUCAAAGAAUCUCUAUGACUAUCCUGUGGUAUAA